AUGGAUGGCCCGGACGCAGUGGCCGGCGACGUACAAGGGCGUGCGGUGCCGGCGUGGCAGGAGCAGGCCAUGGACAUGUCCUUCCGCUAUUUCGCGGGCGAGGACAUGGACCUGCAGCUCAAAAUUGCCGAGAAGGUGCUGACGGACGAGAACAGGGCCAUGGUGUUCUGCAAGAUGCCCGACGCCUUGCGCCGCCACUGGGUCAAGCGCCUGCGGGAGGUGGAACCGCAGUUGCAGCUGGAGCUACCGCAACCGUUCAUGUUGGUAGUAGUAUGA